CCCCACGGCAACUACAGUCAAGCCGACUUGGACAUUGAAUUGACCCAUACCAAACCCGAGGGCAUCCGCGACCGUCUCGCCUACAACGCGGUUAAGGCCGUCCGCUGGUCCUUCGAUAAAAUGACUGGCUGGAACUACAAAUCAAUCACCCAAGACAUGGUUUUGCAGCGUGUGAUUUACCUGGAAACUAUUGCGGCGGUUCCCGGUAUGGUAGCCGCGAUUGUUCGUCACUUCCGUUCCCUUCGCUCGUUUCAGCGCGACGGCGGCAUGAUGCAAAUGUUUUUGGACGAAGCCAACAAUGAGCGCAUGCAUUUGUUGAGCUUUGUUCGCAUGAAGGACCCCUCCAUGCUUUUCCGUGCGGCUGUGAUUGGCGGUCAGGCUGGAUUCGGAAGUGCUUUUCUGUUACUGUACGUGAUCAGCCCCAAGUUCUGCCAUCGUUUUGUGGGAUACGUCGAGGAAGAAGCCUGCACUACCUACACGAAAAUUAUCAAGGCCAUCGAAGAUGCUCCGGAGGACAAUGAAUUGGCGGCCUGGCGAACUCAACUGGCACCAAGCAUUGCUCGCUCGUACUGGAAGUUGGGCGAAUACGGAACCGUGUUGGAGCUCAUGUACGCUGUCCGUGCCGACGAAGCCGAACAUCGCGACGUCAACCAC